AUUUUUUACAAACAUAACAACAUGUACGUGUGUGCUGUCAAUUAGUCCAAAACAAUAUAUUCCUGGCCAUGCUCCUAGAUAGACAGGAUAAAUAAUCAUUUGUAGUAUUAGACUGACUGGAAUCCUAUUUUUCAUUAUGAAGAGUUACUACAAACCUAUGUUAUUGGCUUGUAUAUUAGGAGCAGUUGUGUUAACAUAUACAAUGAGUAAAUACCAGGAAGUAUUGACAGAGCUACAGACACAAAAGGCAAAAUUUGAUGCACUUGAAAAUAAAGUCAGCCCAGGAAUAAUAGCUCAGUCAGCUUCUCUAGAUGGAAAACAAAGAAUUUCUGUUAGUGGUACAUUUGAAGAGAACAGAAAAGUUCCUGAAAUGCAUAAAGAGUUCAAACCUGAAUCAUUUUAUCAAGAUAAAGCUGCUAUACCUGACUACAAAACUAAAUUACAGACCCUUAUUGAUCAGAAGGUUCCAGCAGAUAAUCCAGACCUGGUGAAUAUCAUACGUAAUCAUUACAUAGAACAACCAUCACAAGAACCAUACAAAUUACUUAACCCAGAGCGAGUUGAUUAUUCACAAGGCCAGACACCAUUUAUUGAUAGCAGACUCAAUUAUAUGGAAGGUGGAUUCUACGUUGAAUGUGGGGCCUUAAAUGGAGAAAAGGGUUCAAAUUCCUUGUUUUUUGAAAGAGUUCGUAAAUGGAACGGUUUGUUGAUAGAAGGUGAUCCUACCAACUAUGCUGAAUUAAAGAAGAUAAAUAGAAAGGCAUUUUCAAUAAAUGCCUGCAUCAGUCCAAGGGCCACACCAUUUAAGGCCAAGUUUCACAAAGCUUUCAACAUGGGACGUGCUAUUCAUGAUGCACAGUCUGAAAAUUGGGUAAAAAGAAAUCAUAAAAAUACAGAUUUGGUAGAAAUGGAAUGUUUCCCAUUAUAUUCUUUGAUGCUAGCAUUGAACAGAACAACCAUUGAUUUCUUCAGUUUAGACGUGGAAGGAGAUGAAGUUAACGUUCUAAAGACAAUACCAUUUGACAAGUUAAAUAUAAAGAUGAUGACAGUAGAAUAUGCACACGGUGGAGCAGGUGGGGCUGAUAUGCAAAGGUUUCUACAGAGUAAAGGUUACGAGGUUAUUCUCAAGGUCUCCAAAGAUAACUGGGGUGUCAACAAUUUAAUCUUUAGAAAGAAAGGUGUAGCUGAUGGUAGUACAAUUUAAGCAGCAAUCUAAAUGAUAAUAUUGUCACAGGAAAACUUUAAGCAGCAAUCUAAAUGAUAAUAUUGUCACAGGAAAACUUUAAGCAGCAAUCUAAAUGAUAAUAUCUUUACACGAAAACUUUCAGGAAUUGAAGAUUUGUUUAACAAUCACAUUUGUAAGAUCUGAGACAAACUAUAAGCAAUUUUAUCAUUUCAAAAGUUUUCCUCAACCUUUCUUAACGUUUUAAAUUUAGCUGAACAGUCAUGUUAUUUCUCUAGUCGGCAAGCAAGAGUCAUUUAAAAGUACAUAGAUCUAAUUAUACACCCGCUUUCAAAAAAGGGGGGUAUACUGUUUUACCUCUGUCUGUCAGUCCGUCGGUCCGUCCCAUGAAUAUUUUUUCGUAGCAUUUUUCUCAGGAACUACAAUACAAGGAUUUCUGAAAUUUGGUUUCAGUGUUUAUCUAAGUCAGCUAUACUGUGUGAUGCGUUUUCAGAUUGAUCACUUGACAACUUCCUGUUUACCGAACACUUGUAUGAUUUUACACAUGAUAGCCAAGUUGAAAAUUUUCGUCACAUUUUUCUCAGGAACUACAAUACAAGGAUUUGUGAAAUUUGGUUUCAGGAUUUAUAUAAGUCAGCUAUACCGUGUGAUGCGUUUUCAGAUUCAUCACUCAACUUUCUGUUUACCGAACACUUGCAUAUUUUUACACUUUUAAUAUUAUCCACUUGCGGCGGGGGUAUCAUCAGUGAGCAGUAGCUCGCAGUUUUACUUGUUACUUGAUCCUUUAUAUUUUAAGAAAUUUAAAAAUGUAGUUGAAAUUUCUCUUGAAGAAUUAUGUUUGCUGUAUUAAAGGUGUUUUUCAAAAAGGUCAAUCUUUUUAAAAAUUACAGGUUACAAUUAAAUGCAUUUACUUGAGAUUGUGUCAAAAUCAUGCCACAUUUCUUAUCAUUUAGUCAAAUUUUCAUUGCGUAAACCAAAGAUCAUAAUAUUAAAGUAUUAUUUGAUAAUAAAGACAUUAAGAAGGGUAUUUUAUCACUGCCAAAAAUACAGCAGAACACAUUAAUUGGUGUAUAUUACAUGUACUAGUAUAAGGAAUAUAAUGAUUUUGACCCAUGUAUUUGAAUGUUCACUGAAACUAGUAUAUAUAUAUAUUUUCUUGAAAUGAAAAAAGUUUUAAUGAAAUUAUAACUUUUAAACUAUUUAUUUAUAAUCUUUAUUAUUUUCCUUUCUUAUGUUUUUUAUCAUAUACAAAAAUCAAAAUACUGUGACAAUAAAAAAAAGGUUGCAGGAAAAAAUUUGGCAAGUUAAUCUGUGUCAACAGUUAAUUUUGUCCUAGUGACCCUGCCUAUGAUAGUAUGGCUGCAUUAUGUUUUCUAGUCUGUGUGUCUGUUGGUCCUUUCUUUCAUUUAUUUAUUCCUCUCCCACAAGUGUUAGGUUAAGAACUGAUGAAAGUUUGGGUUUGGGUAAUUAACCAUGGAGUUUUGUUCAAAUCACAACUUGAACGUUCAUUAUUUUUACUUUUAAAAUUACUAGUAUAAGGAAAAUAAUUAUUUUGACCCAUGUAUUUGAAGGUUCACUGAAUAUGGAAAUGCAAUACUGCUAGAGGGCAUUGCAUCUGAUUGACACAUAAACUUGUCUAUGAAUAUCACCAUAUUAAUCAUUGAGUAUUAUAUAUCAAAUUAAUCAGUGUAAUUAUUUUACUGACUCCAUUCUACAGAUACCAGUGAUUUUUGAAAGAGAAAUACAUGUAAACAUUUUUUAUAUAUUCUAUUUUUGGUUCCCUUGUGGGACUCUUUUUCAAUGUUAUAUUUUGAAUCUCUUUAUUUUAUACUAUUGCUGU